UAUUUGUAUCUAUAGUCUUAGAUGAAGAUCAGAUAUUUUCAAGUUGCAACAUUUAAUGUGUUUCUAUUUUCAUUUAUCAUUCUUAAUGUUGUUCACAUCUAGUUACCAUUUUAUCGUUUACAUUUACAAAGUUUACCGUUCAAAGGCCUUGUUGAAGGCUAUCUUGCCAACAUGAGUAAUUCCGAUUCAUCACAGUCUCCUACUCCUCGAAACUCAGAAGAUAGUGAUUCAAGUCUUGGUCUCAGAAGUAAUUCAACGAGCACAGAAAAUGAGGAUGAACAGGAUAUCCUGCAUUAUGAUCCAACUCCUUGGACCAAUUCAUUUCCACAGCCUUAUUGGUUUUCCGUCAGGCAAUUCAUAGCUCGAGAAAUUGGCGAAAAUGUCAGACCUGAUUUAUUGGAAAAGAAACCCUACAUGACCCCACACAGUCCAUAUUGGUUUCGUAAAUAUGCAUACGAAUCACAAUAUUUUCUUCAAAGAAUGGUUAAAACUCAUGAACUUGAGGGUCAUUCGGGCUGCGUCAAUUGUUUAAAUUUCAAUAGUUCAGGAAAUCUUCUUUGCAGUGGAAGUGAUGACCGUAAAAUUAAAAUCUGGGACUGGGAAAAAUCUAAAUUAACUCAAUCUUAUUCCUCUGGUCAUACAUCAAACAUUUUCAACUGUCGUUGGUGUCUCGACAAUGCACGCAUAGUUACUAGUGGCCGUGAUGGUCAAAUCAGAAUUUGUGAUGUUAAUAAUCCUGACUCAUCGAGGUUGAUUGCCUGCCAUUUAUCUGCUAGCCACAGGCUAACUUUUUCGGAUCCAAAUACUGUAUUAUCUUGCGGGGAAGACGCAUCAGUUUAUGAGAUUGAUUUGAGGUCUAAUAGACCUACUUUCCUGCUUGUUUUAAGGAAUCCAAGCACAACACGUCCAGUUCCUCUCUAUUCCAUUAACUGUAAUAUGAUCUUCACUCCUAAUUAUUUCGUUGUAUCUGGUCGUAGUCCCAAAGCUUAUAUAUUUGAUAGAAGAUUUUUAAGAAAACCAACAGAGGAUGAAGCGUCUGCUGCUCAUUAUGGUCUGGGUGAUGAAGAUGCACCGGGAUUACCGGGCUCAGAUAUACCAUGUCCAACUCCUGUAAUGCAGUUAUUCCCCCCAGAACUAGAAAAUUCAAUGCAUUAUGUAACAAGUGCUGUCUAUAAUAGUACAGGGUCUAAAAUGUUAAUGUCCUACAAUGAUGAAGAUUUGUAUGUAUUUGAUGUAAAAAGUGGUGAAAUGGAAGGUAAAUUUCAAGGACAUCGUAAUUCUGAAACCAUUAAAUCGUGUUCUUGGUUUGGUGAUGAUUUUGUGCUCAGUGGGUCAGAUGAUGGCUUCAUUUAUGGCUGGGAGAGAAAGUCUCAACACAUUGUUAUGUCAAUUUCGUCAGAUAUGGUUGGAGCAGUUAACUGUAUUGAAUUGCAUCCAACCUAUCCUGUUAUAGCCGCAAGUGGUCUUGAAGAUUCUAUCAAAAUUUUUGUACCUUUCUCAGAUGUAUGGCCAGUGCCUCUUGUUGGAAUUAAGAAUCGCAUUUGUACAAAUAUGAAGGAACGAUCUAAGGAUAAAAAGAGAUAUUUAUUAACCGCUGGCGAACAAAUAAUUUGGACCUUCUUGAGGAAUAACGGUGGAGAUGACUCUGAUUCUAACGAUGAAAACGCAGCCAGAGGAUCGUGCCUUGCAUCGUGAUUUGGUUCCCAAUCAGGCAAUCAGCUAUGUUUAUUUGAUGGUCAUUGAUCUCAAAAAUUGGACAUUCUACACUAUGCUCAAGCUCCGUCAGAAUGAAGUGUGAUAAUUUUUUACUCUGAGAAGACUGUCAAUCGUUUUAAGAGCAUCAAAUGGAACAAUUGGAAUACAAUAAUUAAUUAAACAAAGAAUUCUCUCAAAAUCAAUAUACUCAACUGCAAUCGACAAUCUAAACAGCUGUUAAAUUUGUUCAAAUUAUUUUUGUGAAAAACAAUUGGUCCUGAAGAUUCAAUAUUAGUCCAUUUUAUCUAGUUUUCAAUUUAUAAAAAAAGUAUUGUGAAAAAAUUGUCAA